UACUAUGGACUGCAAGGUGCUGGACUUCCUAUUGGGUCUGCAAUUACCAGAAGUCAUAGGGCGCAGAGCUUUACCUGCCGGCCUCUCCACUCCAUUCUAAAAACGAGGGUUCCCCUUAAUUUUCAGAUCCAUCCAGGGAUCUUGGCUGCAACAACUGAGGUAUUUGCCCAAUGGUUAUCGUCCAUUUCCCUCAUUCCAGACGGAAUUUACUACACUUACUAACUGGAAGAGCUGUAGGGUUAGUCACAGGGUUAGGAAUUGCAGCACGGAUGGACUCCAGGACCACUCACCCCAGGGACUCACCCCGUAAGUCCAAGCCCCGCCCCAACAUGGCGGCCCCAGGCGGGAGGAGGCGGGGCGCGUCAGGUCACGUGGCCGCGCCGCCGCCGACGUGGCCUCUAGCGGACGCCCCACGUGUCCCUCGCCGCGUCCCGUCGCCGCCCCAGCCCUGCGGACCCGAUCCUAAGAUGGCGGCGCCCAGCGAAAGGCGGAACGGCGGAGAUCCGAGCCUGUGGGCUGUGUUGCUGCUGGCGGCCGUGGCGUUGAGGCCGGCGGAGGCGGUGUCCGAGCCCACGACUGUGGCGUUUGACGUGCGACCUGGCGGCGUCGUGCACUCUUUUUCCCAGAACGUGGGCCCGGGGGACAAAUACACUUGUGCAUUCACCUACGCUUCUCAAGGAGGGACCAACGAGAAGUGGCAGAUGAGCCUGGGAACCAGCGAAGACCACCAGCACUUCACCUGCACCAUCUGGAGGCCCCAGGGCAAGUCCUACCUAUACUUCACGCAGUUCAAGGCAGAGGUGCGGGGUGCCGAGAUCGAGUACGGCAUGGCCUACUCGAAAGCUGCGUUUGAAAGAGAAAGUGACGUCCCCCUGAAAAGCGAUGAAUUUGAAGUGACCAAAACAGCAGUGUCCCACAGGCCCGGGGCGUUCAAGGCCGAGCUGUCCAAGCUGGUGAUUGUGGCCAAGGCCUCCCGCAGUGAGCUGUGACCAGGAGCCCCAUCGGGGGGCGGCUUUUCCUCAUCUCCGCUGAAGGAGCUGGGCCCUGGGACUGCUGGUGCAUUACUGGUUUUCUAGGGGGGACUGUUGGCUGAUGUCCUCUGAACAUGGAGCAGGGGUCUGAGACCCGCUGCCCGUCUUUCUUACCAAAAGAGGCACUGGGGCACACGAAGGGGGGCUCCCCGGGGGAAUCAUGGCUUUUCUGAAGCCAGGGUGUGUCUCCCUGUGGAUCAGGCCGGGCUCCGGAUCACUCCCAGGGAGAGUGAUCCUGCUGCCCUGAGCCCGAGCCAACUGUUUUCUUACAGUUUUCCCAGGGGACCUUCUUCCAGACUAACUGGGAAGAAAUGAAAUGUUCUUUUCAUAUUUAAAUAAAUAAGACGGUUGAAAAGCAACCACUU